UAGAUGUAAUAGUAGAAGAAGAUAUUAAGUUGCCAAAUGAAUAUCAUUAUAAUUCCAUAACAUGUAUUAAAUAUUUAAUAAAAAAAAAUGGUAAACAUAUUUACAUUUUUAUUGGAGAUAUAGAUGGAGUAUUAUCAUACGUACUAUUAAAAAACGGUUCUUAUACUUCAACACAAUUAAAAAAAAUAAUUAGAAAGAAUAAACAAAUAUACAAUAAACUACUUGUUGAUAAAAUAAAUGGACCUAUUAGUGAUAUAGAAAUAUGUUCUGAUUUCAUUUUAGUUACAUGUGAAAAGAAUAAUAUUCUUAUAAAAUUGGAUGAUAUUUUAUUAUAUAACAAAAAUGAAGAAAUAUAUUAUAAAUGUAUUGGUAAAAAGAAAGAAAAUAAAAAUUAUAAAUCUAUCUUUUUGAAAUGUAAAAGGAAUAUAAAAAGUCCUAUGAUUUUAAGCUUAAGAAAAAAUGGGCGUAUAUGGAUUAGUAAAGAAGAUAAAGUAUUAAAUACUUUAGUAUUCUAUUAUUCUUUUUUUUAUUUUUUCUAUAUAUUCUUUUUUAAUAAAAAAUUAUAUAUGAAUAAUUACCUCUAUGAAUAUUAUAAAAAUUAUUUUUUAAGUAAUUCCUAUUUUGUUCAGUUCUUAGAUAAUAUUAUAAAUCAAUUUUCUAAUUUUACUUUUCCUUCCAAACCUAACUUAAAUAUGUUUUAUAAAAUUAAUAAGAAAUAUCUUGUCUUAUUCGAGCAAUUUAUUACUUAUCCUUUUUUUAAAAAGAUAAAUGAAAGGAUAGAUAAUUCAACCGACCCAACGACAGAUGACAGAAGUAAAAUAAAAGACAUGUUGACGAAGGAUAUAAAUAAUAUAAAAGAGUAUUUAAAAAAUAAGUUAAAUGAAGAAAUUAAUAAUAAUAGUAAAAAAAAUAACAAUAAUGGUAACAAUAGUAAUAAUAAUAAUAAUAAUAAUAAUGAAGAUAUGAUUGUAUGCAUAAAUUAUAUCUACGAAUGUUUGAAUGAAGCUGACCAACUAUUGAAUAACUUUCUGGGCAAAAAAUUGUUUCUUUUUAAUCUUAAGAGUAUACAGAUUCAGGAUAUCUUGGAUCUUAAUGUAACGUUUUUAUCACAUAUGAAACUACAAAAUGUGGAUAAUAAGGAUAAAGACGGAAUAAAUAAUAAUACAAGUAAUUGUACAAGUAUUCAUAUGAAUAAUCAUAUAUGCUAUAAUAGUUUAGGUGAUGAUAAUAAUGUAAUGGAGAAUCAUCAAAAUGAAGAUGAUAAUAAUAAUAAUAAAAAUAAAAAUAAUAAUUAUCAUAAUAAUUAUCAUAAUAAUUAUCAUAAUAAUAAUCAUAAUAAUAAUGGACAGUUAGAAGAUAUAAUGUUUACUUUUCAAAGUACAGAUAAACAAAAUGAGAAUAUUAAUGUCUCAAAUAAUGAUAAUAAUAUAGAGGAAACAAAAAAUAAUGAAAUACAUUAUAAAAAAGUGAAUUCUAAAAAUAUUUUAUAUGAACGUUAUUUUAAGGAGGACAAAAUUGUGGACUCUUUUAUAUUAAAAAACAAAUUAUAUUUAUUAUAUUUUAAUAAAAACUUAAGAGAUGAUAUAUAUGUUGCAUAUAAUAUGAACAAUGGUCAUAAUGUGUGUACAUCAUUUAGUGGUAUGAAUAGAUCUAGUACAGAAGAGAAAAAUAAUAAAAUUAUUAUAUCAAAAGAUAAACAAUUUAGUAAUUCAUCUAAUAUUGUGAAUUGUAAUUAUAAGAUAUCACCAUUCUAUUUUUGCGAAAUACAUUUUGAAGAAAAUUCUGGACUAUUAAAAUAUUUAGGAUGUAAUAUAGAAAAACCAUUAAAUGUAAAAACAAAUGAAUUUUAUUUUUUUUAUUUUUAUAUUCUUAUGUUCCAUAAUUAUAUUGACGAAAAAAAGAAAGAAGAAAAUUAUGAAGAUAACUUUUUUGACAUUAUAGAAAAUAAAAUGAAUAUAAUAAAUAUUCCAAUGUAUAUAAAAGAUAUUAUACAAGGGAAAUAUUCAAAUGAUAUGAACAACUUGAAUGAUAUAGAAUUUAUAAAUAAUAAAAAUAAAUUGAAUCAUAUUUUAGAUAUGAAACAAAUGGAUAAUAUACUACGCAAAAAUAUAGAAGCAUUAAAAAUGAAUAUUAGAAAUUUACUUCUUUAUUCUACAAAUGAAAUAUACACUUGUUUAUUAACUGAUAAGAAUUAUAUUUUUUCAAAUUAUUUUCUUUACCCUUCUUAUUAUCAUAAUGUCAAAGAAUUUCAAUAUUUACAUUUCCAUAUAAAGAAAAUAAAAAAAUUAUAUAACAAGAUGAAAAUAAUAAUGACAAGGUAUAAAUAUAUUUAUCAUGAAAUUCUUACCUUUUUUGUUUUCUCUAAUGAUAAUGAAAACUGUGUUAUACCAUCCCAUUUAGAUAUAAUAAAUAAGAAUAAAAAGGAUAAGGAAAAUGAACACAAUAAUAGGAUCAUUUCAAAACAUCUCAAUAUUUUACAAAAUGAUGAUCAAUUCUUAUACAAGGUAUUAUAUUAUUUUAACUUAUUCAUAUAUCUAGAAAUUAAUAUAACAACUUAUAACAUGAGAAAUAAUACAUGUCUAACAAAUUUUCCAGUUUUAUAUGUGGAAAGGGGUCAUAUGGUUAAUCAUAAUAUAAGAGAGUUAGGAAAAUCGAGAAAUUGUGAAGAGGAUAAGCAAAAGGAAAUAAAAAAAGAAAUAAAAAAAGAAAUAAAAAAAGAAAUAAAAAAUGAACAAACUAAUAUUCCUAGUGAUCUUCAAAAUUAUUUUCAUUAUCAUGAUAGGAUUAAUCUAACCAGUUUUCAUAAUACUAAGCAUUCCAUUAAAUAUAAAGGGGACGUUGGAAAAUAUUUUAUAAAAAUGGAUAAGAAAAAAUUACAACUAAAAAAAAGUAAAAAGAGUUGUAUUAAAUAUAAUAUUUUAUAUUCAUCUCCUUUUUAUUACUUACCAGAAGAGUUAUUAUUUUUCCACAUCAACAAAUUUAUAAAUACCAAUCAUCCUAUACAUAUAAAUAAACAUUUAUGUACUCUCCAAAUUUUAUUAUAUAUUUUUAAAAUGAAUGGGAAUAAAACAUUAUUUAUGAAACCAUUUAAAAAAUGGAAACAUUUUAAAAAUAAAUAUACUUACAACAAUGAGCAAUAUAAAAUAUUAUGUAAUAAAAAAAGUACUUAUGAUUUACAUGAUGAGAAAAAAAACAAAUAUAUAUUUUUAGAAAAUUAUGAACUUACAAAUAUUACUAAAUGCGUAAUUAAUAGUGAUAUUAAUAAUGUAAUACAUCCAAAUAUAUCAUAUUAUGAUAAAUAUAGAUACAAUAAGAUAGAUUUUUUAAAAUAUAUAUAUAUAUAUGAUAAGAUUAGAAAUAUAUAUUAUAAUAAUAAAUAUUAUGACAAUAUUAAAAAAAAUAAUAAUCUUUCAAUUGUUGAUUUCUUAAAUUGUUCAAAACACUUUUAUUAUUAUCAUCAAGUUAUAGACGGGGUAUAUGUUGUACAUAUAAAUAACUACAAACAACAAAUAUAUGAAUCAUUUUUAUUAUAUCAAUAUUUAUUAGAUAGAAGUUUUUUUUAUAAUAAUUUAUCAUAUCUCUCAAGUGAUCAAAGGUUUAAUGCAUCAAAUUAUAUUAUGAAAUCACUUACGUUUAUUAAAGAAAACAAAAUGAAGGAAUUGAAUAGUAAUAUAUAUAUAAAAGAACCACAUUCAAAUGAACUUAAUAUUAUGUCUAUGGAAGAUAUAAAAUAUUAUGAAAAAUUAAAUAAACAAAUAAUAAAUGAUAAUAUAUUAUUAUUAGAUAUUUUUUUAAGUACCUAUCACAAUAUAUAUAACAAUUCAAAAAUGGAACUAAAAAAUGCUAUAAAAAAAUUUUCUACAUUUAAUACAUUAGGUGAAUAUAUAAAUUAUAUACAGCAAAAUGAAAAUUUAACUGAUGAUAAUAUCUAUAAUUUUGUAAAAGAAAAAAAUAAAAAGAAUUUGUUCUUAUAUAUUUAUAAAAAUGGACAUAUCACAAAUCAAUGUGAUCAAUCCAAUUUUUAUCAUUUAUCUUUGUCAUAUAAUAAUUCCUUUUAUUAUAAACAUAAUGAUAAUAUGAAUUUGCUUGAUUUGAUAUCUUAUAAUAAUUUGGAUAAUAAUAUUUGUUUAAAAAAUUAUCAACAGAAUAAAACUUCUUCUUUUUUUUUCAAAGAAUAUAAACAGGAAUAUAUGAAUGUACCAAACAAAAGGAAACCAAAUAAAAUAAAAGUUUCAAUGAUAGGAACCUCUGUUGUUGAGAAAAAAAAAAAAAAAAAAAAAAAAAAAUAUAUAUGGAUUAAUUCUUAUAAAGAUAAUAAAAUAUUAAAUUAUGUGAACGACUUGAACUUGGUAAUAAAUGAAUAUAUAUCUUUAAAUAAAAAAUAUAAUUGUGAUAACAUGUCUUUUUAUAUGAUGAACCCUACAUUUUUCACCGAUAUAAAUUUUUAUCAACUUAUCAAAUUGUUAUAUAUAUUAUGUAAAGAAAAAUAUAUGUAUUACUUUUGUGCAAAAACAAGAAAAUAUAAAAGGAAGAUAAAUUAUAUAAUAAAAAAUUAUGAUGAAUUAUCAUAUCAUCCCACAAACCUACAAAAUAGUAGAACAAACAAAUAUAGAAUCAAUAGAAAGAAAUUGAAAAAAUAUAUGUAUCAAAAUUUAUAUAAGUUAAAUAAUGAAACGUGUAAAAAUGAUGAACAUGCUUCAUUUGGAUAUAAACAAAAUUUUAAAGAAAAAAAGAAAAAUAGGAAAACAAAUCCUCUUUUGAUAUAUAUGAAUGAAAAAUUUUGUAUAGAUCUUUUAAUAUAUUUACAAAAAAAUUAUAUAAUAAACAAAUAUAUGAGAAAAAAAAGAAAAACACUUUUAAUAUUGUUAUUUAAAAUAUCUUAUGUAUUUAUUUGUUUGAAAUGGAAGGAGGCAUUUUGUUUAUUGUUAAAUAUAUUUAAAAAUGAAAAUGAUGAAAUAUUAUAUGCUUUAUUAAUAUUAUGCAAAUAUCCAUUAUUUCCAAAAAGUACAAAAAUAGAAAAAUCUGAUAAAAAGAAAAAUAAAAAACAUAAUAAUAAAGUGUGGACAAAAAAUGUCACAAGAAAAAUUAAGAAAGUUGAUGGAAACAUUUCAUUGUUAUUUGCACAUAGAUUAUUUAAUAAUAUAUAUGAUAAUUUUGUAAGAAUAUUAAGAACAAAUAAAAGGAAAUAUGAAAAUAUUAUAUUAUCUUCCAUUUUGUAUGUUAAAAAUGAUAGUUCCAAUUUUUUAUUAAUAAUAAUCAUGAUAAUAUUUUUCUUUUUUUUUAAAAAAGCAUAUUUUAUCGAAAGUCUUUUUAAAGACAAUAGGAGCAAAAAUAUAUUAAGAAAUUAUUAUUUAUUAGAAUGUUUUUUCUUUAAAAGGAAAAAAAUACUUUUUUUACAAAAAAAUCAAAUGUUUUCAUUAUCCUCUUUUAAAUCAUUUAAUACGAAUGGUUAUGAAUUGUUUGCUCAUGAUAUGUUUUUAAAAUAUACUCUUCAAAUAUGUUAUGAAUUAAUAAAUUUUAAGGAUAUGAAUAAUUUUCUAGUAUUAAUAAAUAAUACCUUAUAUUUUCAUUUUGUAAAAUUAAUAUUAUAUUUAGAUACACAAAAUUAUUGUCUAAAUAUAUCUAAAUAUCAUCAAGUAUUUUUUAUUAUGUUAUCUUAUUUUUAUAUUGGCUAUUUUAUGUCUAUUACUAAAUGGUUGCAAAAAUUUGAUCAUAUAUUUAUUUCUAUUUUGUAUAAAUUUUAUAUGCUUAAGGAAGAAGACGUUGAAGAUAUAUUCAACUCUUCAAAAGAUAUAAAAGAUCGCUUGAAAGAUAAAGAAAAGCUUGUUAUAAAAAAAGAUGCUAAAAAUAAGGAGAAGGAGAUUAACAUUUUUAUUAAUGAUAUAAAGAAUUUUGAAGAACAUGAAUUUGUAAAAAAUCAAGAACCAACUAUUUUUGAAAAGAAAAAAGAAGAUAGUAUUAUUAAGGAAAAUAUAAUUAAAACCAAUUCAUUUAUAAUAUUAGAUAAAUAUAAUGAACAAGAAAAACAAACAAACAAUAUAUUAAAUAAUAAUGAUAUGAUAUAUAAUAAUAAUUAUAUUUUAUCCUUUCCAUUAAUUCCAUUAUUUUACCCUCACCACAAUCAACCGUUUUUUUUAAAAAAUGAACAAGAAGAAAAUAAAAUAUAUUAUAGUAUUAAUUGUUUGAUAAACUUUUUUUAUCAAUUGUUAACAAAAUAUUUAUGUGAAUUAGAUUAUAAAAUGUAUAACACUAAAAUAGAUUUGUAUAUAUUACAAAAUAGCAAAAAUUCAGACUUGUACUUAAAAAUUAAUAAAUUUGUUAAUUCAUUUUAUGGAACAUGUACCUUAUUAUAUGGUAUAUAUAAUGAAAAAAUUGAUAAUGGAAAUAAUAAUAAUAAUGUUCGUCAGAAUUAUAAUACAGAUAAAUAUUAUAAUAUAUACAAUUCCAAGAAAUAUCAUAAUGACAAUACUAAUAAAAAAAAUCAUAGUGAUAUAUAUUAUAUAAAUGUAGCAUUUAAUACGAAAAUAAAAAUAUGGGAUGAAAAAAACCCUAUACAUUUAUUCAUACAAACGAUAGAUUUAUUUUUUAGUAUAUAUUAUUCCUUGUUUACACUAGGCUUAAGUUUAUAUGAAAAAAAAAAAAUUUAUGUAAAUAGAAAGAAACAGUAUAAAAAGUAUUUAUUAAGCAUCAUUUGUGUUUUGUUCUUUAAUAUAACUAAUAAUGAAAUUAGUACAAAGGAUACGCUGAUUUUUUAUAAACAUAAUAUGGACAAUAAUAAUAAUUAUUACAAUUGUUAUUCUCAUUUUCUUUCCAAGAGGAACAUUAUAAAAAGGGAGAAAUAUUUAAAUGUUAUCUGCUGUGUGUUGUGUAUUAUUCAUUUUAUUAAUUAUUUUAAAUAUAUUAAGAAAAACAUUAUAAAGAAGUUCAUAUUCAUUAUCGAUUAUCUUCUUUUUAAUCAUAAUUCUUUUUAUUUUAAACAAGAUUAUCAAAAAUGUACAAAUUCAGAAAAAAAAUAUAAAAAAAUACAUAUUCAUAAUAUUUAUAAAACAAUUAUAAGAAAUUUACCAAAACAUGUCAAGUCAUUUACAAAAGAUAAAGAAAAAGACACAAACUAA